AUGCCGCCCAAAGACAAGAAGAAGAAAGAGGCUGGAAAGUCGGCCAAGAAAGACAAAAAUCCAGUGAACAAAUCUGGAGGCAAGGCCAAAAAGAAGAAGUGGUCCAAAGGCAAAGUUCGGGACAAGCUCAAAAACCUCGUCUUGUUUGACAAAGCGACAUAUGACAAACUCUGUAAGGAAGUUCCCAACUAUAUGCUUAUAACCCCUGCUGUUGUCUCUGAGAGACUGAACAUCCGCGGUUCCUUGGCCAGGGCAGCCCUUCAGGAGCUCCUUAGGAAAGGACUUAUUAAAUUAGUUUCAACGCACCGAGCUCAAGUAAUUCACACCGAAAACACCAAGGGUGGGGAUGUCCCAGCUGCUGGUGAAGAUGCAUGA